CAGUUUGUUGUUGGAUUAGGCAGCUCUUGAUGUCUUGAUUGGUGUCAUUAGUGAUAGCAUUCACGAUAAUGCUGCGAAACAAGAAAAGUAUGUUUUCUGCAUCAUUUUUGCGUGCUAUGAUGUGAUUUGAUAUCCUUUUUCGGCCGGACAGCAUGAACAUGAGGAAACUGAGCAACUUUCAGCCCAAGCACCAUGGAAGAGGAUCGGCACUAGGCGCAACUCACCCUCUACCAAUUGUCAUUGAAAGCCUCUCUGGCUUCCCAGCUCAUUCGGACGCUUGGCCUUGCUACAGCGGAAUCUUCACUGGACACAUGAUUCUGGUGCCAAGCAAAGACGAUGCCGAGGCGCUUCACAGAAUGGGAUGUUUCGGAAAUCCAGUCACAAGGAAAUUUAACUCGUUGUCAGAGCAUCCUCCAAUCCUUCGCCAACGUCAGUUUGAGCGCAGAAACAAAUGGGCCAAACUAUUGGGAGAAAGACAGGCCAGGAAGGAGAGCAGUGAGAGUGAAGAGGAGUUUGAGGUGCCUGAUAUCUCCGAGCUCAGGGUGCCUGCAGAAGACGAGGACCUGAUUGACCAGGAGGAGCGGGAACCUGAAAAUAAUGUGUCUAGCAAGAGCACAGAAAGUGAUGAUGUGAUAGUCGAGGAAGAGGUGCAAAUCAGAAAAAGGAGAGGCUGGCUUCCAUCGUUAUCAGACUGGAUUAACCUAAAAGAGGACAUGCCAUUUUUUGACGAUCAGAAGUCGCCAAACACUCAUGUAAUUGAGGUUGAUGACGAGAUUACCAUACUAAAUGGAGAUGGAGAGUUUCCGAGUGCACCAAACAAAGAAAGUUUAAUUAAAAGCAGUGAUGAUGAUAUUGAAAUCAUCAUGGACGACAGAGAGACGGACAUUAUGGAAGUGCCAAAUGACGAGGAAAUGAAGAACUCUUCUCCGCUGGGCGAGGAGGAGGAGGGCAUGGUUGUUGACGAUAACUUCACACCUCAUUUGGGCGAUGCAAAUAAUAGUGUAGCAAUUGUCAUUAAUGACACUGACUGUCUCGGCAGCAGAGACGAUCUCAUCAAGCAUUGGAAGCCCCAGUUAGUGCCACAUGCAUUUAAGAGUUGUGACGAAUCGUCUAACUUGAGUCUCGAAGAGGGCUUCUUCUUAUCCUGGGCCCUGAAUUGCUUGCAAAUAUCAGCGUCAAAGAAGAUCCUCUGCGAACACGAGAACAACAACAGGAGCAGUCCUCAACCUGGACCUUCAGGUCUGCAGCUUAAUGAGGCCUUAAUUGAGUUGCAGCCAACAUUUUCUUGGGACUUGUUCUGCCAAGUGGAACCAAACUUUCCUGCCAGGUACGCUGUGUAUCAUCACCUCAGGUCAAAAGGGUGGGUUGUCAAGUCUGGCAGUAAAUUUGGAGCUGAGUUUGUGGUUUACAAAGACGGUCCUAGUCAAUACCACGCGUCGAGCGUGGUUGUCAUUGAAACUCAUUUGAAACGGCUUCAGUGGCAGAGGCUGCUCACCUUGAACCGAAUCGCCGAAACAACAAGCAAGGAGGUAGUCAUUUGCAGAGUGUCAUGGCCACGGGAAUGUCCCACUGAUGCAAUUAGUUGGCUCUCAAAAGUAUCGAUUUCUGACAGAGUGUUUAAGCGCCACUCUUUAAAGAGACCGUCAAAUGGAGAGAAGGAUUCGGAUUCUUUCACACGCUCGGAUUCAGACUGCUCCGAUGGUUAACCUUUUAACUAAAUGGCCGUUCAAGUAUGUAUUUUGAGCAAGCUAACUUGAAAAUAAAAAAUUGUUUUACUUUUUUAUGGUAA